AUGAGGUCCGUCACUUACGAGAUCGACCCUCAAGGAGCGAUUGAGGUCAUUCUCCAAGACCCAGAUACCCAAAGCACCAGCCUCACACUAACAACGCCUGCACAAAUUCACCCAACUCCGCAACAACGAAAUGCGCCGUCAGUGAAAGUAAAAGUGAAAGUGAAGGAUGAAGAGGAGCAGGAGCAAGAUGACUUCUCGGUCAAGAUGCGGGAUCUAAACACCUUGUUCUAUGGGACCAGCACCCCUCGGCGGGAUGACAAGGAAGUCCAGAUUCGAAUGCGCGUUUCUAGCCACCAUCUAUCUCUCGCAUCGCCAAUCUUAUCCUCUUUGCUGCAGCAGUCUGCGGAAGCCAACGAGAUAUACCUCACGGGCUGGGAUGCAAAGGCUUUGGCCACCGUGUUGAACGUCAUCCACGGCCGAAACGCCCAAGUCCCCCGGAAUGUCAACUUCAAGUUCCUUACGCAAGUUGCCACCGUCGUUCACCAUCUCAAAUGCGCUGAGGCAGUACAGCUUUUAUCAGCGUUCUGGCUCUCAACUCUCGAACCAGAAGCAGUGACUUAUUUCAACAGAGAUUGCUUAUUGUGGUUGUUCAACUCGUGGGUGUUUUCAUGGCGAAAGGAGUUUUCGCAUUGCGCGCAAUUGGUUCUCUCAAAUUAUCGAGGUCCUAGUAUGGUUAUCUUGCAUGAUCUUCCCUUGACUGAAGUGCUUGAUAAAAUCGACGGCAUGAGAAUAGUUCUGAUUAAGAAGGUUUUCACGGCCCUCGAAAACCUGGAGCAGACCCUCUCCACCGAACGUGGCUGUCCAGAGGCUAGGAUGAAAGCUGCGUGUCCUGAUGCGAACCAUGGUCAGAACUGCACUGUGUAUGCGAGGAUGAGGCCGGUCAUCGAGAGAGUGGAGGGGGAGAUUGAAGAUGUCGAGUUGAACUACUUUCAGUCCUGA